AUGGCAACCACCACAGCCACCGGCACCCCUUUCUCCGCCACAAGCCCUCGUCUCCUCCACCACCACUGCACAAUGACGCCACCACCAUCUCCUCCACCUCCACCACCGGAUUCGCAGCUCGAUAUCUCCGCCACCGCCCAGGAAGAGCGGCGGCGACGCGGGGCGGAGAUUUGGCGUGAAGGGCGGCGGCAGCGGUGGGAGGCACUCGAGCAACGGGCCCGUCAACAGCGUGAUGCGACGGAGGCGGCGGCAACAGCGGCGUUCUACGCUGGAGACCCCGCAGCUGAUGAGAACGCGGCGGUAGCAGCGUGGGAGGAGGAGGCGCUGGCGGACACCAUUGCAUCGUUCGAUGCCGCCACGGCAGAAGAGGUGCGGCGGCGCCGGACGGAGGAGAUUGGCCAGCGGUGGACUGAUGAGCGCCAUCGCCAGCGCGAGGAGCGGGAGGCGCAGUACCGUGAAUGGCGGGAGGCGAUCGAGCGCCGGCGGCGGGAGUCGAUGGAGCGGUCGCUGCAGCUGGCGGCGGAGGAGCGUCGAAAGGUGUCGUACCAUCAGCAGCCAAAGCAGCUCACCCUAGAGCUUGCAUUAACACACAAGAUGUGA